AUGUACUUUGAAGUAGAAUCUAUUCAAAAAUAUCCAACCGUAACCAUGAAUAAAUCAGUGGAAGAUUUAUUAAUAUCUAGUCGUGAAGUUAUGACUAAUGUAAAUUCUACUGGAUUUGAAAAUCAGAAUCCAACAAUGAAUAUAGGAAAUGGUAUAUCAGAUAAUAUUCAAGAAACAAUUAUUGGAGGAAAUGGAGAAAAAGGUAGUCCAGUUUCAAGUCCAAAUUUAUCUCCACGUCCUAGUCCAAAAGUUCGUAAUAAACGAGAUCAUUCCAAAUUAAAUCAUGAUUCAAAUACCAAAGAAUCUAAUAGUAUGAAUAAAUUGGAUGAACAUCAAUUACAUCAACAACAAGAUAUAACAAACAAAUCAUCAGAUUCUUCUCAAGCUAUAAAAAGUUCACAUGAAGGAAAAAAAGAAACACGGAGCAGUGAACGAAAUAAAAAAAAAUCUUGGUAUCAUGUUUUAUAUCCAACUUAUAAAUCUAGAUCUGAUGAUUUUAAGAGAAUAUUUAAAGAUGUACCAGAUGAUGAAAGAUUAGUUGUUGAUUAUUCAUGUGCACUACAACGUGAAAUAUUAGUGCACGGAAGACUCUAUGUAUCUCAAAAUUAUGUAUGUUUUUAUGCAAACAUUUUUAGUUGGGAAACUUUAGUAUGUUUACGUUGGAAAGAUGUUACAUCUAUUACUAAAGAAAAAACUGCACUUGUAAUUCCUAAUGCAAUUUUAAUAUGCACUGCCACUGAUAAAUUUUUUUUGACAUCUUUUGGUGCAAGGGAUAAAACAUAUGUAAUGUUAUUUCGUGUAUGGCAAAAUGCACUUAUUGGUGAGCCAAUGAAUGCACCUGAAUUAUGGCAACUUGUACAUUCUUGUUAUGGAGAUGAAUUAGGUUUAACUUCAGAUGAUGAAGAUUAUGUUCCACCAUUACCUCCAGCUGAUGAAGAGAAGCUAUCUACAAGAUUAUCCGUAGAAUCAUUCUCUGAGGUAGAAAGUGGUAACAUAGAACAUUCAAUAACUGGAGCACCAGAUACAAUUGAAUCAAAGGCAGAAGUACAUCAUUUACCCCGACCAGAUCCUACUAUUGAUGCAACAGAUUUAAGUGAUACAACAGAAAGUGAAGCUGAAAAACAUGCAUUAAAAUUAAGUGUUCGAGGCACUAUAGUAUGUACUUCACCACAUGAAGGUCGUCAAAUAGGCAAAGCUACAUUUCCUAUUCAUAUUGAUCAACUAUUUACCUUGCUGUUUACAAAUUCAAAAUUCUUUCUUGAUUUUCAAACUGCUCGCAAAACUACAGAUUUAGUACAAUCAGCAUGGACCCAAAAUGAACAAACUGGUCAGAAAGUUAGAAAUUUAUCAUUUACAAUAGCAUUAUCUCAAGCUAUUGGACCAAGAACUUCUAAUAUAUCAGAAACUCAGAUAAUGUUACCAUGUAGUAGACCAGGUUAUUUAUAUAGUAUUGAUGUAGAAAGUGUAAAUGCUGGAAUUCCAUAUGCAGAUUCUUUUUCCGUUUUAAUUCAUUAUUGUAUUACUAGUAUUUCUGAGAAUGAAACAAAUAUGGUAAUUUAUGCUCAAAUAAAGUACAAAAAAAAUGUAUGGGGUUUUGUAAAAAGCGUUAUUGAAAAAAAUUGUUGGGCUGGAAUGGAUGAAUAUUUUACAAGUUUGAUAAAAGCAUUAACUAUAGAAUGUGAAGAAAAUAACGGAAGUGGAGGAGUAAAAAGGAAAACAAGAAGAAGACGUCGUGCUACAGGUCCUGGUAUUUCUUUACAGACUCAUUCCUCAGAUCACACGUCUUCCACUCUACAAAAUUCUUUAAAUUUGCCACAUAUUAAUGAUAAUACUGUUUCUGCUGCACGAGGUGAUUCUAAUAUGAUAAUUAGUUCAAUGCUUUUGAUUGCUGUUUUAUGUUUAAUGGUAAUUAAUGGUUUAUUAUAUUAUAAAUUAUGGGGUUUAGAAGAAGCCGCAGCCUAUACUAUUAUGGAUUUACAUGUAUUAAAAAAUACACCAAAAACUGAAGAAGAUUGGAUUCAUUUAUUACAACAGCAAGAAAGUUUACAUAACAUAGAAAUGAGAAAAUGGCAAAGAGUAUUGCAUACUGCUGCACAAUUGCUUAGACAAACAGAAGAAUCAUUAACAGAAUUACAAAUGAGUAUUCAUCCUACUGCAACAGAAAAAAUGUUUUCCGUGUUAAAACCAAGUUUAAAAAGCUACAAUUCUCAUACAGAACAGCGAAGUCAUUCAGAAAUGUAAAAAAAAGGAAUAUGUAAAAAUAUUCUGACAAAAAUAACGUGAGUGUUAUAAUACUAUAAUUCUAUAAAAAUCAAUUUUAGUAAACUUUAAAUAUUUGAUAAGAAAAAUAUACUUAUUACAUAUAACUUACAAUUAGAUAUACAAACGCGCUGUGAUGAUGAUGAUGAUGAUGAUGAUGAUGAUGAUGAUGAUGAUGAUGAUGAUGAUGAUGAUGAUUAUUAUUAUUAUUAUUAUUAUUAUCUAUAAUUCCAAAUGCACAAUAAUAUAUAUCUAAAUUCAAACUAUUUAUGAUCGAUAGAAAAUGCAAUUUAAAUUUGUUCGUUUUUAUUAUUUUUAAUGUUUACAGAAUAUGUUAUGUGUAAAAUUUUUUUGCACAUAGAGUAUUAUGAUAACUUUAGUUACAUUGUUGUAUAAUAUAUUUCUGUAUCACAUACAUUCAAAUAUAUAUAAAUAUAAAUAUAUGAAUAUUUAUAUUUAUAUGUUUUUGUAUAUGAAUAAAAGUUGUAUAUUAGCACAAUGUAAAGGAAAAGAAUAAAUCAUUUUUAGAGCAUUAUUGUUUUAAAAAUAUAUAUUUUCAUUUUAAUAAAAAUAUAUAUAUUUCAUAAUGAUUUGAAAUAAUGUAAUUGUGAAUAUACAUUAUAUAUAAUAUAAUCGUAAUACAUAGAAAUACGAAUCCUGUGCCUUAAAAUUCCAUUUUAAGAUCGAAAAAUUUUAACAAAAACCCUAAAGAUUUUAAGCGAUCUCAUCCGUUUUAAUUUAUAAUUUUUUUCAGUAGGAUCUAAUUUGUAUAAUAUGAAUAUAAAUAGUUAAAAAAAUAAAAAAGCUUCGUGUUUAUGAAAUUUCUUUAAUUAAGUAAAAUUACAUGUUUUUAAUUUACUUAUCUUCCGGUUUGUUAAAUACAAGAGUAUAACCGCAUUUGCCACAAUAAUGACGAUCUUCCAUUGCAGCCAUAAAAACUCCAGCACCACAUUGUUCCAUGGGACAUUCUCUUCUUAAUCGAUGAAUUUUUCCAUUUUCAUCUACCU